GACAGCGACAAGGAGAAUAAGGACAAAGACUCGGACAAUCAGAAGGAGGAAGGCGAAGUGAAGGAAGCCAAGGAGUCUGAGUCGAAAGAAAAAGAUGAUAAGGAGGACAAGUCAGACAAGGAGGACAAAGAUGAAAAGGAUGAAAAGGAUGAAAAGGAUGAAAAGGAUGAAAAGGCCAAGAAGGACCGAUCUCGCGAGAGGUCCCGGGAACGAUCUCGGGAGAAGAGCCGAGACAAGUCCCGUGACAGGGACCGGGGACGAGACAGGGAUCGUAGCCGCAGCCUCGGCAAGGACCGCGAGAGGAGGCGCGAAGAUAGGAAGAUCUUGGCCGUCUCCAACCUGGGUCGAAAUGUCAAUGAAGAUCAUCUCAAAGAGAUCUUUGGCAACUACGGCAAGGUGAAAGAGGCGACCUUGGCGGUGGACAAGACAGCGGGCCUCCCGACAGGUUAUGCCUAUGUGGAGUUCUAUGAGGAGAGAGACGCUGACAGGGCCAUCUCCCAUCUCAACACCGGGCAGAUCGAUGGCAACGUGAUUCGCGUCGAGCACCAGGCGGAACGCAAGAGAAGGUUGGAGCAUGCGCCUACCAUGCCUCUGCGGCCCGUGCGGCGGCCGCCAGUUCAGCAGCAGCAGGUGCAGUGGCUGCCACAGGCUCUAAACUUCAACUGGCGGCUCACCUGCACCUUGGCGGGGCUGUACCUCAUCGAGGGAGUGCCCAUCAGCCUCACAGAUGAGUACAUUCCCUUCCACCUUUCAAAGGUGAAUGUGACCGCCACGGAGAUGGGUGACCUGCAGUGGUGGGGGGAUCUGCCGUGGUCCUGGAAGUGGCUGUGGUCGCCCUUGCUGGACCAAGGCAUGUCCAAGCGCAAGGUGCUGCUUGGCUCCCAGGUCAUCAUGAUCUUCUUUCUGAUGCUGGUGCCACUGACCUCCCUAAAGGAGCCUGGACAGGGCAUGCGGCAGCUGCUUUUCUGCCACAACUUCUUUGCAGCCACCCACGACAUGGCCAUUGAUGCCAUUGGGGUGGAGGAGCUCUUGGCGGCCGGGGGGGCCGCUUCAGCCAACAGCUUCAUGUUCGCCGCCGGGUCCGUGGGCAGCUGGCUGGGUCUGUUGGCCUUCCGCGGCAGCUCGCUGGGUCUUGGCUUUGCCGGCGGCCUCUGGGCAACUUUGGGCGCCUUGGGGGUCUUCGUGGUCUUCCUGGCGCCUCUGGUGCCCGCGCCCGCUCCGGCUGCGGCACCCGCGGCUACGCCGGGCGGCCAAUCGCCGCGCUGGGGCCGCUUCGCGUGCGUGGCGCUGCACGCGCUUCUGCCUUCCGGGGCCCUGUUCGUGGGCAGUAGCCACUUUACCGCUUGGAUGGAGCAGAGCGGACUGGACGAGGCCGCCGUGGCAGACGUGGGCGCCUCGGAGGCCAUGAGCAUCUGUGCCUGCCUGCUGGGGGGUUUCCUGGGCGACCGCCUGGGCGCGCGCCUGGUGCUGGCGCUCUCCUUCGCCGCCACUGCGGCGGUGAGUUGGGGCCUGGCGCUGUGCGCGCCCACCUCCAGGGAGGCCUUCCUAGUGGCGGCCAGCUGCUACAAGCUGGGCAAUGGCUUGCACCUGGGCGCGCAGAUGGGGCUCUUCAUGAGCUGCUGCUCCCGAUGGCCCGCCACCCAGUUCACCCUCCUCUGCAGCCUCUGCAACUUCAGCGAGUCCUACUGGGUCUACUGGUACGGCCAAUACUUGGACUCUGUUGAGCGUGACCGUGCGGGCCUGCUCUGGUGGGACGGCUGGCUGGGCUUGGUGGGCCUUCUGCCCUUGGCCUUCUUGAGACAGGCCGCUUGUGGGGGCUUCGCAGGGAGGAAGGAGGAAGGCGAAGUGAAGGAAGCCAAGGAGUCUGAGUCGAAAGAAAAAGAUGAUAAGGAGGACAAGUCAGACAAGGAGGACAAAGAUGAAAAGGAUGAAAAGGAUGAAAAGGAUGAAAAGGAUGAAAAGGCCAAGAAGGACCGAUCUCGCGAGAGGUCCCGGGAACGAUCUCGGGAGAAGAGCCGAGACAAGUCCCGUGACAGGGACAGGGGACGAGACAGGGAUCGUAGCCGCAGCCGCGGCAAGGACCGCGAGAGGAGGCGCGAAGAUAGGAAGAUCUUGGCCGUCUCCAACCUGAGUCGAAAUGUCAAUGAAGAUCAUCUCAAAGAGAUCUUUGGCAACUACGGCAAGGUGAAAGAGGCGACCUUGGCGGUGGACAAGACAGCGGGCCUCCCGAAAGGUUAUGCCUAUGUGGAGUUCUAUGAGGAGAGAGACGCUGACAGGGCCAUCUCCCAUCUCAACACCGGGCAGAUCGAUGGCAACGUGAUUCGCGUCGAGCACCAGGCGGAACGCAAGAGAAGGUUGGAGCAUGCGCCUACCAUGCCUCUGCGGCCCGUGCGGCGGCCGCCAGUUCAGCAGCAGCAGGUGACAGUGCGACCUGACCGGGAGAAGGAGAAGGAGAAGGAGAAAGAGAAGGAGAAGGAGAAGGAGAAGGAGCGCGACCGAGACAGGGACAGGGACCGUGGCAGAAGGGAGGAGAAGGGCCGCGACCGAGAUCGCGACCGGGAUCGCGACCGGGACCGGGACCGCCGAGACCGCGACCGCGACCGCGAGAAGGAGAAGGAGAAGGAGCGGGAGAAGGAGAAGCAAAAGGAGCGGGAGCGGGAGCGUGCCAAGGCCAAGGCCAGGGAAGAGUCGGAGUCGGAGGAUUCCGAGGAGGAGUCCAUCCCGAAGGCGAAGUCAAAGAAGCCGGCGCCGAAGAAGGAGGAGCCGAAAAAGGAGGCGAAGAAGGAGGAGAAAAAGGAGGAGAAGAAGGCGCCUGCGAAGAAGACCAAGGAGAAGGAAAAGGAGCCAGAGGAGAAGAAGAAGGUUGUCAAGAAGAAGAAGGAGGAGGCAGAAGAGAAGCCAAAGGUCAAGAAGGUGGCUGAGAAGCCCAAGGUGACCAAGAAGAAGGAGGAGCCUGAGAAGGCGAAGCCAAAGGCCAAGGAGGAUAAGGCCGAGAAGGCGGAGAAGAAGGUGGCUGAGAAGCCGAAGGCCACCAAGAAGAAGGAGGAGCCGGAGAAGGCCGAGAAGGCCAAGAAGACAGACAAGGCCAAGGCCCAGGCGGGUGAGGCGGCCAAGAAGGCGGUCAAGGCCACCAUUGCCAAAGAGAAGAAGCCGGCGAAGGAGCCCAAGGCCAAGGCCAAAGGAAAGGUGAAGACCACGAAGAAGAAGCAGUCCAGCGAAAGCGACUCCUCUAGCAGCGGCUCGGAGUCCGGCAGCGGCUCGUCCUCGUCCUCGAAGAAGCCGGCGGCGAAGGCGCGCUGA